AUGGGAAUGCUUCAACAGCUGGUGGCUACGGACCUCGAUCUGGCAGGUCGUGAAGGCACCCUCAAGGCGGUCAAGGGGGCGCUCGAAAAGUACCUCGAGCAGCCACACCUGCUGGACCCCCACCUGGAGGACAUGAUGGCAGUCGUCAUGGGCAGGGCUAAGGAGUUGGUGGUUGAGAGGGAAGAGCAGGUGCUGGCGGAGUCUGGCGGCGGCAGCAGGGGACGGCCUGGGGAGGCCUUUCCUUUUCAGGUGUUCAUUUGCCCCCAGCUCCACUCGAUGUUCUGCGUGAUCUACCAGCUGUGCCGGGUGAGGGGAGCAAAGGCGGUGGUGCGCCUGAUGCCUCACGAAGCGGCCGACCUGGAGCCGGUUAUUCACGCCUUGCAGGCUCAGGACACCGACGACUACUCCACGUGGGAGACCCGCUACGGGCUGUUGCUGUGGCUCUCCAUGCUCUCGCUCGUGCCCUUCGACAUCGACACCAUCGACUCCGGCCUGCGGGAUUCGGUGCCACCGGGAGCGGGCGCAAACGAGGACGGGGCCAAAGGGGUGGUUGCUCCCGUGGCGGGAGUCGGGGAGAGGCAGGCGGACCUAGUCGGGACGAUUCUUGCGCUGGGGAUGAGGCAUCUCGGCGACGCCGGACCGACAAGGGAUGCCGCAGCGGGAUGCCUAAGCAGUCUUCUUACGCGCCCGGACAUGGAGGCCGCUCACCUGCGGCGUUUCUUGGAGUGGUCUGCGUCUGUGCUGGAGCGGGUGACGGCGGAGGGGCGGGCGGGGGAAGAAGGCUUGAGCAAGCUCGCCUUCUUGGUGAUGGGCGUCAUGGCCACCCUGGCUGCGCUCUUCAAGCAGGGGCACAGGGAGAAGCUGAUCGACCUCAUUCCGGUCGUUUUCUACCCCGUGGUUGGCCUGGCGGAGCUGGGGCCGGGGCAGACACUCCUGCGCAAGAUGCUGGUGAAGCUUUUGCAGAGGGUGGGGACGACAUACGUGCCCCCGCGCGUCGUCGCGUGGAGGUACCGCCGCGGACAGCGGUCUCUGCUGCAGAAUCUCGAAUCUACACCGGACGCAGCAUCCGAUGGUGGAGACUGCUGUCAAGACGAACAACAGGCGGCAAGCGUGGAGGAAAAGCCAUUGGAAAGACAGGAAGGGGAGACUGUGGAGGCGGGGGGGGGCGAAGGUGAUGCAGAGGAGAGUUCUGCUGGGGGGGUAGGGGUAGCGCAGGACGGGCCUCCGGCUCAGGUCAAGGUGGACGCCACCGAGGUUGACGUUGUCGCAGAGGAGGAAGAGGAGGUAGACGUCCCCGAGGAGCUGGAGGACAUCGUGGAGGCGCUGCUGUGCGGGCUACGGGACAGGGACACGGUGGUGCGGUGGUCCGCAGCGAAGGGGAUUGGGAGGAUCACCGAGAGACUCCCGCGCGAGCUAGCGGACGACGUGGUGUGCAGCGUGUUGGACCUGUUCGUGGAGGCGGAGUGGGACGGCGCCUGGCACGGCGGGUGCCUCGCCCUGGCGGAGCUCGCCAGGCGAGGGCUGCUCCUCCCGGAGAGACUGCCGCGGGCCUGCCCCUUGGUGAGACGUGCUCUGGCCUACGAUGUGCGGCGCGGGGCGGGUGGGGUCGGUGCCCACGUCCGAGACGCGGCCUGCUACGUCUGCUGGGCGUUCGCGCGCGCCUACUCUCCGCGGGUGCUCGGCCCCCACCUGCCUGGACUGUGCGACUCGAUGCUGUCGACGGCGCUUUUCGACCGGGAGGUGAACGUUCGUCGAGCGGCGGCGGCGGCGUUGCAGGAAAACGUGGGACGUCAAGGGCAGCAGCAGUCCGGCGAGGACGACGGCAGCGGCUGGAGUGACGGAGGAGGCGGUGGUGUAGCCCACGGGAUAGACAUCAUCACGGCGGCCGACUACUUCUCCCUGGGCAACAGGCAGCAGGCAUACCUCAACAUCGGCAAGACUGUGGCCGCCUUCGACAGGUAUCGACACCACAUCGUGGACACGCUGAGGCUGGACAAGCUCAAGCACUGGGACCCGGAGCUGAGGCGACUCUCCGCCCUGGCCCUCGGGAGGAUCGCGUCCCUCGAGCCCGCCUAUGCGGCGGAGACCGUCUUGCCCGCCGCCCUGGGAGACACGCUCUCGCCGGACUUGCUUCGUCGGCACGGCGCUUGCCUAGCGUUGGCGGAAGUCACCCUUUCUCUCGGACAGGUUUCCUAUGCCCUGCCGGCGGAGACCGUAGCGGGGCUGGUGGGAAUCGUCCCCGCCUUGGAGAAGGCACGGCUGUACCGCGGGAGAGGCGGGGAGCUGAUGCGGCAAGCGGCGUGCAGGCUGGUGGAGUGCCUCGCCCUUACCAAGUCGGAGGUGGCGAUCAAGACGCAGCUGCGUCUCCUGGACUCGGUGGACGAGAGCCUGCGUCACGCGGUGGAGAGCGUCCAGCUGUCGGCAGCGGCGGCCCUCAAGGCCGUGCUUGAGAACUGGUUCCCCGUGGGCCGGGAUGGGCCGUCAGAGCGACUGCGGACAAGGACGAUCGGGUUGUACGUGGGUGGGCUGAGGACGGAAGAGAAUGCGGCGGUGGCGAGAGGCUACGCGAUGGCGCUUGGGGUGCUGCCCCGGAAGCUUGCGGGCGCUUCGCCCGCAGUUCUGGGAGAACUCCUUGACGCCUUGAAGAACGCAGCGCUUGGCCGCCACGCUCCUCCUCGCUCCCCGUCACUGGCAACAACCGGCGGCGGUGCCGCCAACGGCACCACUGCGACGAGCGGCGGUGGCGGCAUCGGAGGACCGGGGGGGGAGCCCGAUGCCGAGACGCGGAGAAACGCGGUCCGGUCCCUGGUGACCCUUUGCGAAGAGGUCGGAGUGGGGAGGCAGCAGCAGCAACAGCAGCAGCAGCCGUCGCAAGACCCGGGCGGCGGGCAGGGACGCCACGACAGCGGUGGGGUUUCCGGUGGUGGAGGCGGUGUUGAUGCUCGAGAAGGGGAGUCCGGGGCGGCGUGGUGUCCGGCGUGGCUCACCCUCGCGGACGUGGAAGGCGUGCUGGCGACGCUCCUGGCGUCAUCGGAGGACUACUCGGUGGACAAGAGGGGGGACGUCGGGUCCUGGUGCAGGGUCGAGGCGUUGGCGGGGAUGGAGAGGCUGCUGAGACUCGCGGCGAGGGCGUCGAGGGGCUUGCCGCUUGCAAACCGCCGCGGUAUCGCGUCCGUCCAGCCCCCAGCGCAACAGGCGCCAGAAACUUUGAUCCUCCCUUCUCUUCAAGACCGGCUAGCGCUUCUCGACCAGCCGCCGGCGUCGGUGCCAACACCGCACCCGUGCGACGAGGUGUACCUAACGCCUUCCAUGGUGGAGCGCGUCAUGUGCGCCGUGCUCAAGCAGCUGUCGGAAAAGCUUGACUCGGUCCGAGAACGGGCGGGGACCGUUCUCCAGAAGCUCGUCCAGUCAGACGACCCGCAGCUCCCCUUCGUUCCGGAGAGAGCGGCCGUGAAGCACGCCAUCACGCAUGGCGCGGCCACUCCUGCCGUUCCAGGCGCCGCGGGGGAGGAGGGCAAGGAGCCGGUGAACUGGGCCGUCCCUGCGACGACGUUUCCCAUGGUGGUUGGACUCCUGGCCGUCGCAGAGUACCACGACGCCAUCGUGGAAGGCCUGGUCAUGAGCGUUGGGGGGUUGAGCGAGUCGGUCGUAACGCACUCGUCCAAGGCGCUGCUGCGGUGGCUAAGGGCAUGCAAGUCGGCGAGAAAUCUGAGGGCGGUGGCCGGGCUGGCGCUUCGCCUGGUGGGGAUGUUCGGGGACGCCAAAGGGAACCCUCGAAUCGUCGUCCCCCUCCUCAAAACCUUGGAGCUUCUGCUGUCGAACGAGUGCUUCGAUUCUCUCCCGGCGGAGCACCCUUUCGCCGAGCUGCUGCUGGUCGCGGUGGUGGCAGAGAUGAAGGGGUGCCGUGACGUCAGGAAGAUUUGCCUCGGGGCAAGUGUGUUCGUGUGCAUGCUGAACUACUCGGACCCUGUCCGCCCGAAGGCCCUCCGCAACUCGGUGCUCUUCCUCGGGCACCGGUUCCCGAACGUUCGGAAGACCGUUGCGGAGGCGAUGUACCUCAAGCUUCUCGCCAAUGAGGAGGUUGUCGACGAGGCCGUGUACGAAGAAGCGCUAGACAUCCUCACGUGCACCGCGUGGGACGGUGACCUCCAAACGGCCAAGGCCGCGAGGUCGGCGCUAGCCCACCUGCUGGGGGUGAACGUGCCCACCGCCGCCGCCAACAAGAAGGCCGGUGCGGGCACGGGCGCCGCCGCCGGAGAAGGCGGUGGAAACCCUCGCAAGGCGGACGAAAUGGAGUCGUACGAGUCGCUCGUCAGGACCGUCGGGUACUGAGGUACAAUUUUCUGCUGGGGAGGCCAUUGGAACCGCAAGGGGGUCCAAAAGAAUGACCAAAAGCCUGAGAAGGGAGGAAGAGAGGGGGGGUUGCGGUCUAUCAGGAGUGACGAGGGUCGCAGAAUCGGCCCAGGUGGGAACAAGACGCGCCGCUAGAGACGUGAGAGAGAGAGAGAGGAGUGUUGUUGGUGCCCCCCCGGCACUCACUCUGCCGAGUCAAUCAACGCCAAGAUUGAGGUAGCUGAUAUUAUGUGUCGGGUAUCGAGUUUCCUGUGUUA